AUGUUUGUUUCUCUAUUAAAACAUUUAGUUCCAGCAAUACCUUGCGAUCCAUUAACUUGUAUUUUACCAAAAUGCAGAUGCGCCGGAACCGACACUCCUGGUGGUUUAACAAAAGAUAACACACCACAAAUUGUAAUGUUUACAAUGGAUGACGGAAUAACUCAAAAUAACUUUCAGUUGUAUCAAGAUUUGCUCUCUGGAUUAAUAAAUUUCAACGGGUGUCCCGCCAAAGCGACCUUCUUUUUAUCAGGGGACAACACUGAUUAUAGUCUGGUAAAGAUUCUGCAAACUCAGGGUCAUGAAAUUGGUGAUCAUUCAGUGACACACAGGUUCCCUGUUAAUUGGUGGAUUCAAAAUUCGUACAGUGAUCUUGAAUUUGAAGUUAUCAAUCAAAGAAAAGCCAUUGAAGAAAUGGUUGGUGUAACAACGCGUGGAUGGAGAACUCCAUUCCUUGCAAGUACAGAAAACGUGUUUAGUGUAUUAGCUGAUAACAACUUCUUAUAUGAUAGUUCAUUGGGUACAUAUCCCAGAACAAGAUGGUGGCCGUAUACUUUGGAUUAUUUACCUUCUUUAAACUGUUACAUGCUAAACUGUCCAUCAAAUUCAUAUCCAGGUUUGUGGGAGAUUCCAUUAGUUCCUUGGCAAUGUAAUGCCACGGAAGAAAUUUUUGGAACAAUGAUCGAUGAGUGCAAAGAUCCCGGAGACGAGGAAAGCGUUUAUGAAAUGAUUAUGCGCAAUUUUAGAUUGCACUAUGAAGAUAACAAGCAACCAUUUCCAAUAUUUGGACAUUCUUCAUGGUUUGACAGCGCACCCUAUAAAAAAUCCGCUCUAAUCAGAUUUAUGAAUGAAGUUGUAAAAUUCAAUGAUGUAUUUUUUGUAUCUGCUCAAGAUGCAGUUCAAUGGACUCAAUCGCCAAUUGGUCUUGAUCGGAAUCCGUUUUCUUGUCCUCAAAGUAUAGCUACAAAAUGACUUGACGUUAUAAAAAUUUGUUUUUAAUCAUUAAUGGAAAA